CCACUCAAAUCUCUAAUUCAAGAAAAAGAGUUCCAGGAAUUGAGUUUCUGAUUUCCUUAAUAAAUGUAUUCGUGUGUCUUCAACAUUCUCCGGCGUAUCUUCCGGUGUGUCGAAGAACCGGACCGUAUCACGUCCGGCAUGUCCGAGGGUAUGACCAUGUCUCACCCAACAGCCCCUAUCGGACCUUCAAUCGCGUCCGACGCCAUCAUCCAUCACAACCCUUCUUCAUCUAAUAAUGCAUACGAUGUAUUUGUGAGCUUCCGUGGUGAAGACACGCGCAACAACUUCACUAGUUUUCUCUUUGGAGCUCUCCGUCGACAAGGCAUUCUUGCUUUCAAAGAUGACCAAUGUAUCAAAAAAGGUGAUUUCAUAGCACCCGAGCUUCUACAAGCCAUUCAGGGUUCUCAAGUUUUCGUUGUUGUCUUAUCAAAGAACUAUGCUUCCUCCACUUGGUGCUUGCGUGAACUGGUAGAGAUACUUAAUUGCUGUCAAACUUCAGCAAGACCUCUUAUACCUAUAUUUUAUGAUGUUGAGCCUACGACGGUGCGCAAUCAGAAAGGAUGUUAUGAGAAAGCAUUUGCAGAACACGAAAAAAGAUCCAGAGAAGGUAAGGUGGAGAUGGAGGAAGUUCAAAGAUGGAAAGAAGCUCUCAGAAAAGUGGCCGAUAUCUCUGGUUCGGAAAUCGGAAAUAAGCCACAAAAUGAAAAGAUUGAAAAAAUUGUUCAAGAGAUAACAAAUAAUUUGAGACCAAAAAUUUUAAAUCUUCCAAGAGAUGAACUAGUUGGGAUAGAGACUCGAGUUCAAGACUUAGGAAAUAUAUUGCGUUUCGACCUCCGUAAUGAUGUUCGAGUUGUGGGAAUAAGUGGGAUGGGUGGCAUAGGAAAGACAACUCUUGUUCGGGCUUUAUAUGAAAGAAUUUGUCAUCAAUAUAAUUAUCGUUGUUUUAUUGAUGAUGUAAGCAAAAUAUUUCUAGAUUCCCAUUUGUUGGGCUUACAAAAGCAAUUAAUUUCUCAGACUCUAAAUGAGAAAAAUGUAGAGAUUUGCAAUGUUAUCGAGGGAACAUGUUUGGUGCAGUCCAAACUGAACAAUGCUAAGGCACUUAUAGUUUUUGACAACGUUGAUGAAGUUCAACAACUGAGGAUAUUUAGCGGAAAUAGAGACAAUUUGUUGCGAGAAUGCUUAGGUGGAGGGAGCAGAAUCAUCAUAGUUUCUAGAGAUGAACAAAUAUUGAAGAUACAUGGAGUUGAUGAUAUUUAUCAAGUUCAACCGUUGAACAGGGAAGAUGCUAUCCAACUAUUUUGUAGAAAUGCUUUCAAAGUUAAUUACAUUUUGAGCGAUUAUGAAAAGUUGGCAGAUGAGAUACCAUCACAUGUUGAAGGGCAUCCCUUGGCAAUUGAAACAAUUGGGUCAUCUUUGUUUGGCCGAAGUUUGUCACAAUGGGAAAGUGUACUGGAAGGGCUAAAAGAAAAUAAAAGUAAAAAUAUUAUGGAUAUUUUGCGCAUAAGUUAUAUUCAACUGGAAGAAAAAUAUAAACAAACAUUUUUGGAUAUUGCUUGCUUCUUCAAUUCUUAUGAGGAAGAACAUCUGAAGGAAAUUCUAAAUUUUCGUGGAUUUCAUCCUGAAGAUAGCAUACAAGUUCUCAUUGAUAAAUCACUCAUUACCAGGAGUUUCGGUUGUUUCAUACAUAUGCAUAGCUUGCUAGUGGAUUUGGGGAGGUGUAUUGUUCGGGAAGUAUCACCUAAAGAACCUAUAAAGUGGAGUAGGUUGUGGACGCGCAAAGAUCUCCAUGAUGCUAUGUCAGAGAACGAGGCAACUCGAAACCUUGAGGCAAUAGUUCUUAAACGGGGCAAUGAUGUUGGAAUCCUAGAUAAAACAAUAAAGGCGGAUGGUCUAUCAAAAAUUAAACACCUGAAAUUGCUUGAUGUUGGGGACGUGAACGUGGAGUUUUCGGGAAGUCUGAGUCAUCUUUCGAAUGAACUAGGAUAUCUUAUUUGGUACAGAUAUCCGUUUGAGUGUUUGCCUCAAAGUUUUCAGCCACACAAACUAGUUCAGUUAGACUUGCGUUGGAGCAGUAUUCAACGACUGUGGGAAGGCACAAAGGAUUGCAAGCGAUUGAAAUACUUGCCUGAUCUCCCUUCACGAACUGUCUUGCCCUCAGAACCUUUCACGCUUAGAUUCCUAUCUGCAAUACUUAAUACCAAUCUUCCACCAAUUCAACGUACAGGAUUAAUCAUUUUCGGCUGUCCAGAAUUAGUUGAGAUUGAAGAGUGCAUUAGAAAGAGUUUUUCAUGGACAAUUCAAAUUAUUGAGGUGUGGAUGCUCUUUCCUUCUUCUUUUUGCUUUUUAAUUAUUCUUUUGUGUAGGAGAACAACUACUAACCAAUAACUCUGCUGGUACAAGGCGACCUACCAAUUGUUUUUCCGUGAAAUUUACAUGCCUGAAAGUAUUAUGCCUGGAAGUCAAAUACCGAAUUUGUUCAACAAUGAGUUUGUGAACGUGGACAUACAAUACAUGGACUUAGAAAACCUAACCAUUGAUCGACCUCCCGUUCCGCAUGACAAUAAUUUCAUUGGUGUUUUGUGUUGCGUAAUAUUUUGUCUAUACAAUGAACAACAUCCACUGGAUUUUGGAAGAGAUCACAUUUGGUUACAUUAUAAAGACCUUUAUAUGGGCGAACGUGCUUGGCGUUUCAGUUUGACGCGGAUUAUCAGAUUGUUGGAUUACAAGGAUUUUGUUACUGUAUAUGUGAAGAAAUUUCAGUAUCGCUGGGUAAAUGAACAAGACCUAAUUAAUCUCAAAAUGAUGCAUGGUGCAAAUUUGACAGCUGGGAAGCGCAAGAUUUCCGUAAUUGAGGAAAACGGUUAGCUACCGUAUUUAAGCUGCAACCCCAUCACAGUGAACAAUUGAAGACUUUAUUGAAUGUGGAAUGUGGAAUGUGGAAGUAUGAUUUUCUACCAUCUAAGCAGAGAGAGGCACAGUAGAAGCAAGAACGCAGCACUGCAUUUGAAUUCCCCUUGAAU